UCUAAACGCUCUGAACUAUAGGCAUCGCGCAAGUAUACGUGUUUAUCCCGUCGACUGGAGUUUUGCACCAAGGACACACGCACACUCGCACACUCACGAUGUCUGGCCUCAAGAAAUUCCAAAACACUGAGGAAUGGCGUCAGAAACUCCGUCAGUUUCUAAUGACCGAGCGUUUGCCGAAAAAGCCCGUGAAAAUGGACGAACCGAAGGAUAUGCGCUACAGUUUGGAGAUCGACGAGGAUUUGAGGAGACCCUUGGAGGCGCGGGCCAAGAAAGUUCUGUCCGUUAAUCCUGCCAGUCAAAGGACUGUUAAUCUCGGCGAGGAUACUAUGUACGAAACAGGUAACUUGGAGCACUUGGACGAUGGCGAUGAUAGCUUCAGUGCCUUUGAGCGCAUGUGCGACAAAACGGGCUCCGAUCCGGAUAGCACUCUUUUCCAGUACCUGCACAGCGAGGACCGGAGCCAGGUGAUGGCCAGGGCUAGGGAUCACAGCACCGACGAUCAGAAAGAGAUCGAUGCACUGCGUCGCAUGCUAGAGUCAGUGGGUACAGAAGACGACCUAUUGGAGAACGAAAGUCCCGUCAAGGGGGCGGAAUGCACUCACCUGGAGGACAUUGAGGCUCCGUCGCGCUUUUGGGACAACACCCUGGCCGGAAUCGACGAGACCUCGUCCGACUCUGGGCUGACUCCUAAAGCGUUGACCAAGGUUUCGCCGGUCAAAAUGGUGGGCCUGCUUCGCCCCUCGACCAUCAUCGAGGACAGCGAACUGGAGUCGUCGGAUGUGUCUUCACACACAAGCUUCCAAAGCGCUCGCACACUGAAGACAAAUGCAUCUAGUUCUUACGAAACAGCCACGGAUAGUUCCCUCAGUGGAACGCUCUUUAACGUCGACGAAUUGUUUUACGCCGCAAUUGCCAAGGCCAAGCCACCAGGAAUGUCCAAGGGAGAGGAGCUGGAGCUCUUAAGCGAUCUUCAUGGCAGUCUAAGAGAGCUUGCCUCGCAUCCGAAGGAUGAAGUCGAGGAGGAAGAGGACGAUAUAGAGGACACAAUAAUCGAGCUAUCCUCUUCUGACGAUGAAGAAGUGCAGCUAGUUCCAGAAGUAAAACAGGAAGACACGUCCCGUGUAUCCUCAGUCCACGGAAAAGAUCACACUGAAGAGAAAGAAGCGGAGAAGAGCGUUGAAAAUAAGGAAAAUUCGUUGCACUUCAAUGAUACCAUGGAAGAAAUGCAGUACAUGAUGCAAAAGGGUAUGGAGUACAUGGCAGGUGUGGCUCCUUCAGUCGCCGCAGUCAAGCCUGAUAGCCCUAUGCUGCCCAAGGACAAACAAAGCACGUUCGUUGUUUCACCGAAGCCGCAACCAAAAUCACCGGCUGUAACCUUUUUGCAGCCAUCAAUUCCGCUACGGUCCUCUAACCAGCCACAAACAGUUGUAGCUUCAUCUAGCACGGGUAGAAAGCCGCUCCAUGUCGGCCUCACCAUGGAGUGGACCAAAAAGAAAUUCUUUAGUGCAACCUCUGGUAUUCCUCAACGUCGCCAAAAUCAGAUAAAGCAGCCAUACGCCGACAUAGUCAGUCCCAUACGCACCUACACCCAGAAGUCUGGUACUGCUCCGCUAAUGAGUAACUUCCGUCCAACGAGUUCUGAUAUGCUAUCUACACUGGCCAUCAGUGAGUUGGAACAGGAGUCUCGCUUGUGUCAUCCUAAAGCACUUUUCGCAACAAAGGACGGAACACCCAAGUCCAGUGAAUCUUUAAUUAUCGGUGGAAUCGAUUCAGCCGCUAAUCUGCUUCCCAAAAAGGCUUACAUAUCCUCAGAAAUCAAGCAUGUGGUGGAUGAACGAACUCCUGUGCCCAUGCCAAAGGUACCUCAAAUUCAAAAAUACCUCAACUCGGCCGUGGAGCCCACUGUUAUGCGCCACGAUGGCAAAAUGAAAAUGCCCGGCGAGGCAAUCCGCAAUCCGUCGUCUUCGCAUAUCCCACGUCGCGCCAAUCACAGCCUGGCUGAUCUGUCGCUUGCCUCGGGCGACGUGUCCUUGUACACAAUAAGAGAUGCCCAAAAGUUUUAAGGCCCAUAAAAGUACUUCACGCUCCUUGACUUAAUAUUGCAACGAUAAUAAAUGUAUUGUGUAACUAGUGCUAGUAAA